AUGGGCGCGGAGGUGUGGACCGCGCGCGUGCGAGACGCGAAGCAAGUCCUCAACGAGCUGCGCGCCGGCGCCGGCCCCGAGGCGGCGAACCACACCGACGCGGAGCGCGUCAAGUUUAACGCGCAUCAGCGCAGGAAGCUGACGCGGUUCGAGAGCAUCGUGAGCGAGCUCGAGACGCUGCUCGGGGACGGCGCGCCGGAUUCGCCAACCGGCGAGACCGGGACGCGACGAAAGCUGAUCGAAGGCUUCAAGGACGAAGCGAAGCGCUUUCGCGCGGGUUUCAGCGACGGCGGCGACGCGUCCGGGGCGAACGCGGCGAUGGGCGGCGGCGGCGCGGGACCCGGGGGUUCGAGCGCCUCGAGCGCGCUCGCGUCCGACGGACGACGCGUCGGCGACGCGUCGACGGCGGCGGCGGCGGUUCCAGACGUCACCGAGGCGACAUCCGCGGAGGAGCUCCUCGAGACGCAGCGGAUGCAGAUCGAGGCGCAGGACGAGGCGAUGGACAAGCUCGACGGGCUCGUCGGGAAGCUCAAGAGCACGAGCUUCAAGAUCGCAGACGAGGUCGAGCUUCAGGCGAAGAUGGUCGACGACCUCACGGAGGAUUUCGCGCACACGCAAGCGCGGCUGAAGAAACUCCGGAAGCAAGGGUUCAAGCUCGCGGGGGAGGGGAAGAACGACGCGGAGAGGGAAAGGAUGGAGCACGAGGAGACGAUGGCCGCGAAGAAGAAGUCGUACGAGGAUAACUACGAGAAGGAUAAGGUGAAAGAGGACGAGAGCGCGUCCGGAUGCGUGAUAGCCUAG